UGCCGCAUGUUUACAACUCCUUCCACUUCCAGUAAACAACGAUCAGACUGGAGAGGAAUUAAAGGAGGUGCGGGUGGGUGUGCUAAAUGAAAGCAGAGGUGCGGAUGGACAAUGCAGUGUCCCUGCCUACCUCAGUCCAUCUCAAGUGGCUUUGUUGAGGAACAUUGGGUGUGGGACGUUAACGCCAAGUCACCAGCAGUACAACUUUCUCCUUGUCAGAGAGCUGUUUACUUCCAUAUUGACCCCAUCUUACAAAGUGAAGGUACAGCUGGAGUUAGAGGAACCAAAGGUUUCGUUCAUGGAGAGCACUAUUGGGAAGUUAAGUUUCUUGAACCUCCCUAUGGUACUUCUGUAAUGGUGGGUGCUGGGACAAAGCAAGCACAGUUACACCUUGGGAAUUAUCAAUUUAUAAAUAUGUUAGGAAUGGAUUCUGAAAGCUGGGGUUUAUCUUACAAAGGUACGGUCUGGCAUUGUGGACAAAGCAGGCAGUACACUGAACCAUUCUACGAGAAAGCUACAAUCAUAGGAGUCGACUUAAAUCUGUAUGAUGGUACUAUGGCCUUUUAUAAAAAUGGACUCCAUUUGGGGGUAGCGUUCACAGGCCUCAAUAAGGUUGGAGUGCCCCUGUAUCCCAUUGUCAGUUCCACAGCUGCAGAAACAGAACUUGAACUAGUGAUGAGAAGUUGCCGGUUUCUGUCACUGCAAGAACAAUGUUUGUACACAGUCCUACAACAUCUAGUUGAUGAAGUCCACAUAGACACACUGCCAUUGCCUGGAUUCAUCAGAAGACAACUUAAAGAAUUCUAAGUGUGGCAGACAUUUUCAUUUUAAUGACCAGAAUUAUUAUGCUCCACAAAAUGGCUUCUGCAGUCUCCUUUAAACCUCCAUAAUUCAGUGUCUGGAUUCUUGGGGGGCGGUGGUAAUAAAACUAUAUAUGAUCCCCAAACAUGAAGGUGGUAAUGCAGACUAUAUCUUAAAAAGGAAUUAAGCUCUUUGUAUUAAUAUGUGAAAAGGAUUAAUCUAGGAGUAUGGCUUAGAGAAUGCAAUUCAUAUAUUUUCUCACAAUUUUUGGACUUCAAAAGUGCUAAUAUUUUCAGUCAACCAAAGAUAUUAGACAUGUUAACAAAUAAUUGUGAAUGACAAGAAAUAUAUGUUUAUGAUUAACAGUCAGCAUUAUAAGAUACUAUUACAAAGUAUUUAAGGAAAAAUAUAAGAAUGGAGGACUUUAACCAAAGACUGAGACCAAGGACUAAACCUUUUAAUGUUUCUGCAAUGUAUCAGGAAAAAUAAGUAAAACUUAAGUUAUUGAUGCUCAUCAUUUACAAUAUUCUUAGGUCCAAUAUACAUGGUGUACUAAGAAUGCUGAAAUUGGCAAAUUUAUUUUGCAUAGGCAAGGAUGCAAUAUUUUACUGUUCAAAACAAUUAAGUAGAGGAAUUUGAAAUGGUACUAAUUUCAGGCUUUCAUUUAAUUAAGCUCAUAGCCAGUUUUGUCUUUUUUUAAAUUUAUUGUUUAAUUUACAAAAUGGAAUUGAACAUAAUAAUGUUCAAAAAUAUCAAUGCAAACAGUAACAUCUGCUGGUCAAUUUUUAAAAAUAUAUGCUCAUAUUUGUGAAAGAGUUAAACAGUAUUUACAAAAAGCAACACGAAGUACAGUAGAUGUUAAACAAUUUUACUCCAACAUACAAUUUUAAAAUUAUAUUAACGUUGCAUGAGGAGAUAGGUUGUCUUCAGUUUAGCUCACAAUGAGUUCCUAGUUUCAUGUGUAAAGUGGAGGUGUGCAUAUGGUGAGAUAAUUUCAUUGGUCAUCUCAGCUUAUUCUACAUAUCAAUUUUCUGCUCUUAGAAGAGCAGCAACAAUGGAGACAGGUGCCAGCCUCCAUUUAGAGAAUGGUACACGAUAGGAGGCACACUGAAAUGGAAUGGAAGAAAAUAGGGUGGAGUUUCUUCUGAAAAAAAAUCAUAAGGAAUUUUGGGACAUUGUACAUUUUUAAAGUAAGUGCCAUUUACUAUAUCAGUAAGAAUGAAAAUGCACAAGUAAUUGUAACAAUUACUAAGAAUGAAAUGAGAACGCAUCUUGGAGCACUGUUCAAAAAUGUUUGCAUGUUAAUGAAAUGUUUAUCCAAGUAGAUAUGCUGAAAGGCACUGAAGCUUAAAGGUAAAUCCAUGUAACAAUCAUGGCAGUGAGAGGCUAAAGAGAUUGUUGAGUCAGGAGGCCACCCACACCUGGAAGCUUCCACUUGCAGAAUAUUAAAGCUAAUUCAAGUGAAAUCAACCAGCAGUUAAACAAAAGAAAUUCUACUGCUGCAAUGAAAUUGAAUUGCCUUUCAUUCAUAUGAAGCUGGUUGCUUUUUUGUUCUUUUGAAAUCAUUGAGGAUUCUUAAGAGUUACUUUGUUCAAAAAUAACACAAUACAUUUAAACUUGAAAUGUGAAAAAAAAGUCAGUGAAUUGUCCAGGAAUUCGACAGAGUGGAACAUUACGUGCUAAAAUGUUAACUAUUUACCCUUUUAAGCCUAUGUUUCAGAGACCAUAGAUGUAUCCUCGAGAGGGAGUUAUUAAACAAUGUAUUUGGAGAGUUUGACUCUUUGAAAGGACUGAUAAUAGGGAAAUAAUUAGAAGUUUAAUUUAUGUAUUUGAGGCAUGUUUUAGAAUAAAUAAAGCUUAACAAAAUACUUUAAGUAUUAUCAUUUUAUUAUAUCAUCCCCUAAAGUUGUAUAGCUGAAGGAAGCACGUUUUAUUAUUUAUGUUACAUAAAAAUGGCUCAACAUUAGUCUACAUUUACCAUUUUAAAAACUAAAAAUACCUUUAAAAUACGUGACA